AGAGAGAGAGAGGGAGGAAUCACAAAGAGACAUCCUUCCUGGAAACUCCACACCUCUCAGUGGCUCUACACGGGCUGGUGGGGACUUCACAGUGUGCUCAAGACUGUCUUCACUGGUGUGAACUUUUUGUUACCAGUCCUUCUCCUCACAGCUGAGUAGCCGGCAGACAGAACCAAGCCAUGUCCACCUCAAUCCUGAGAAGAAACUCCAGCAAACAAGGACUACAGAAUCUCCAGAGGAUGACAGCUCAGAGGAGUGUUGAGGACGCAGAGGAGAUUGAGCGGGAGCGGAGGCGAAGGGAGAGGCAGAGGCACUGGAGCCAGAACAGCUCUACAGGGUCUGGGGAGGCCCAGUACAGCAGUGGAUAUACGCUGGAAGACAACAUUACUGAGAGUGAUUUUAAGCCAGCGUAUCAGUCAGCGAUGGAGGAGGAUGAGGGCUUCAGCGACUGGACCCAGAGGCUGGAGAAACGCCGGCAGAGACGCAUGGAGGAGCAGGCCUCAGCGGAGGAAGACAGCCCGGGACAGAAUGGCAUGGCCAAACACACCACUACAAGCGUAUCCAUUCUGAAGUCCACGCACAGACCACUGCAGAACCGAGCAGGAGAUGGGCUACAGGAGGAUGAGGGCCGGAGAAAACAGAAGGAACAAGAGGAAGCCAAAGAAAGAGAGCCGUGUCACAGAGACUGGGAGGGAGAGAAUCGGGGGAGAGCGGGAGAGGAGAAAACACAGGCACAUCAGGAGGACAUCAGGAAAAUAGGAGCAGAGGGCAAGGGAGAAGAAAGAAAAAAGCAGCUGAGAAUUUCCUACACGUCCAAGCUGGUCCUGCAGCAAGAAGUGAUUCACAUUAAUGGCAACGGAGUGACAGAUGUGACCAUAUCCAAGAUUACACCAAAGGCUGAGAGCCUUGCGGAGGAGGGUGAGGUGUUCGAGGCUACCCUGGAGCGCGAGACCAAGCUGCAGAGCAUCCGCUUGAGCCACGAGCAGAAGGAGCAGCAGGAGAUUGAGGAGCUGAGGCAGAAGGGCAUUGAGGCCCAGGAGGAGCUCGAGGAGCUCAAUGUGAGGCGAGAGGAGCGCCGACGUGCCCGUGAGGACGAGGACAGGAGGCGGGGAGAAGAAGGGCAGCUACGCCAAGCCAGGGAGGAGGAGGAGAUGCAGAGAAUGAGGGAGGAGAUCGAGAGGAGGAGAAUGGAGGCCACAGAGAGGAGGAUGAAGCGUCUUAGCACCUCCAGUGUUGAGGAGGAACCCUUCAGCCCGAUGAGCCCCUCCUUUAAGAAUGAGACUGAAGAGAGAGUGACCGCAGAAAGUACAUGUUCGAUUACAGAGAGAACAGAGUCUUUGAAUCGCUCACUUCAGAAAAGUAACAGCCUAAAGAAAGCUCAUCCCCCAGUGCCAAUCUCCAAGAUUGACAACAAACUUGAACAAUAUAAUCAGGCCAUUGAGAUUUCCUCAAAGGAAGCCAAAGCAGCCAAGCAAGCUCUGAUGGAGAUCCCCAGUUCCCCUGAGCCUGUGGCCUCAAAGAAGAGCCUGUUUGAGGCCGGAGAUGCCUGGAACCAGAGUGCCACAAAGACGACUCCAUCCAAGGAUGCAGAGGACUUGAAGGUGGCCGUGUCUGACCUUAUAACUAAAUGGGGAAAGGGCAACGGUGAUGGGAGUGUGAAGUCCUCGUCCUCUAAGCCAGCGGAAGUGAAGCCUGGUGAUGUAUUAAACAAGAAGAACCUAUGGGAAAAUCUGGGAGACUCACCUGGAAACGCAGGCCCAGGAGCAAAAGGCACUUGUGGAGCCAAAUAUAAAUUUGUUAAGACCCGACAUGGAAGAUAUGAGAAGAUUGCAGUUGAUGAUGAAUACACAUUGGGAAAAUCAGAUGAGGACUUAUGAGGGACCAGUUGAAGAAGCAGUACAGCAGAUCCAGUGCACUCAUAGACAUUGGGACAAUUCUCAUUCACAUUCACUCAAUUAGGAUAUUAGACAUUCCUUUUUUUCAGCAUUUAAUAUUUGCCAUUCUUUAUCAUUUCAGUAUUUCCUAUGUACCCUAUGAUAAUGCCAAUCUAUUUUAUCCUUUAAAUAUUGUUAGCUUUGUUGUCAAUAGAUUUGCCUUGUAUUUAUGAUUACAGUGUUAUCAUUUUAUAUGUUAUUGACCCAGAUCCAAUUUGAGUUAAUCCAUACUAAAACAUUGAAGAGAAUUUUCAAGGUUUUAGGUGCCACAGCACCUUCCGAAAUAUAUAUAGAAACAGAAUUGGGAACAAUAAACUUGGAAUAAGCAUGGUUUGUUCUUCAGUAUGUACUUGUCUGUCUGAAUGCCUGCAAUGUUUUGUUAAUGUGAAUCGACAGCUAGCUGCUGUUUUACAUUAGUUUUGCCCUGCAUGUGGCUUUCAGGAACAUAGGCCAAGCAGUUCUGUCACAAAGAUAAAGGCUUGCUUAGACUUCCUAAGCAUUUUAAUGUGCUCAUAUCCAAUCAAACCACCAUCAAGGUAUACAAUACAUGGCAGUUAAGUGGUACAACAUAUCAGACCAGAGGAAGUAUGCCGGAGCUAAGAAGAAGUCAUCCUGAAAGCCAAGUCAAAUUAACUUUGAGUAUUUAUAGAGGGGUUUUAUUUUGGUAGUUAUAAAUAUGCAGUCCUAUUAUUACAAAGUUUCCACAGGCUGGCAUUGCUAAGCAUAAGUGGUCUCAGACAAUCAUGUAUUCGUUUACAUCCUCUUCAUAUAUAAAGGUAGCAGAGUGGACCUAUUUGUCUUUUUUUCUUUUUUUUAUGUCUAAAAAAUUGGAAAUAGUACAUAAAUGACUUUUAAUACAA